GAACGUGCUUGAAAUCACCAUCAUGGCUCUUGAAUUUUAUACUGCAUCUUGUCGAGUCUCUCACCAUAGCCUCAAAACAAACCUUCCCUUUAUCUUCAUCUGUAUAGUCUCUCGGAUCGCAUCUGAGAACGAUUGAACGUGGGAGAAGUCACCAUCACGGCUCUUGAAUUUGCUAUGGUAUCUUGUCUUGUCUCUCGUCAUACCCAUACAACCCCUUUCCUGUAUCUUCAUAUGUAUGGUCCCUCUGACGCCGCCCAGGCAACCUGUUGUCCAAAAAGACAAUGCCCGGCCAGCUCUUAUGGUACCGUUGGUAUUGGUCUCCGCGCCGCGAAAUCGCUAACUACAUCAAUGGGAAACAAGAUAAGUGUUAACAGAAUGUUAACACAAGUUAUAUUUAUGUGAUUGAGUUGCACUGUCUAAAAGGGCGCGUUGAAGAAAAAAGAAGAAGUUUUUCUUCCCA